UUUUAAAUAAAUGUAUCGGUGAUUGUAUUUUUCACUGAAGAACAGCAAGUUGUGUGCACUCUGUGCAGAAGAUGCUCUUAACUCAAUUUUGUGACGUGCAAAACAUUUAUAAUACUUAAUUUUCUUUCUUGAUUGGUAUUGUAAAAUUUUUCAAAUAUUACUGAAUCAAAUUGUUGAAAAAAUGUCAGUGAAGAAAGCCUGCAGAGGAGCUCUUAUUGUUCUUGAAGGAUGUGAUCGUGUGGGGAAAACUACACAAGCUAAAUUACUUGUUGAAAGCUUGAAAAAUAAUGGAAAGCCAGCCCAACUCAUGAAUUUCCCAGAUCGUACCACUGCCAUUGGAAAAAUGUUGGACCAGUACCUCAAACAGAGUCAAGAAUUAGAUGACCAUGCGGUUCACUUACUUUUCUCAGCAAAUAGGUGGGAGUGCGUGAGUAGCAUGGAAAAGCUCCUACAAGAAGGGACAACCCUUGUUGUUGAUCGCUAUUCUGAUUCAGGAAUUGCAUUUAGUGCUGCAAAGGGUUUGCCUGUGUCGUGGUGUGCAGCCAGUGACAGCGGACUGCCGCGACCAGAUCUCGUGCUGUUCCUCACGCUAGGCGGCACGGAGCUCUCCUCCAGAGGAGGCUAUGGCCAGGAGCGAUACGAGGAGGACAGUUUCCAGCAGCGUGUCAUGCGCAAUUAUAAUGAACUCAAGCGCGAUUACUGGAACGUCGUUAAUGCUGAUGAGAAGAGCGUGGAGCAGCUCCAUUCGGAACUCCUUCCCUUGGUAACGUCCGCCGUCGCGGCCGCUGAAGAUAAACCGCUACUGACGCUGGACUGGCCCAAAGCUGACAACCCAGAGACAUAGUUCUCAUCACGUACCGUCUGUUACGUGACCUAACUCUAUUUUUAUUGCCCAUUUUCAUAAGACUCAUACUUAUUGUAAGAAUCUAAUUUAAGUUCUCCAGAAAAUGGUGCGAGUCUUCCCAAAGAAUCAUUCGACACGCACAUCAUGACCGCUAGAAAGUUAUCAUCUUAUCAUCUUAGUAGUUUACAAAAUGUACCAAUUAGAGUACAACGUCGUAAGAUGUUUUUUUCAUAAUUUAAAUUUUUGUAAAAAAAUUUUCUUAUACAGUAUUAACAUGAACACUUAAUUUCCAAUUAUCGGUUCGAGGAAUACAUUGUCCAUAGCACGUCGAAUAAUAUGCUUCUAAUUCUUUCUUGAGACAUUGCUCAUAAUUAUUUCUAAACUUUUUUUCACACAAGGCAAGGACGAUCACAAGUCAGUUCUUAUUCGCUAUUUUAUUAAUGCAGUAAACAAAAUUCAUCGAAAACUAUA